AUGAAAAUCCUAGUGGCCUUGGCAGUGAUUUUUCUUGUCUCCACUCAACUAUCUGCAGAAGAAAUCGGAGCCAACGAUGAUCUCAAUUAUUGGUCCGACUGGUCCGACAGCGACCAGAUCAAGGAGGAAAUGCCCGAACCUUUUGAGCAUCUUCUGCAGAGAAUCGCCCGGAGACCCAAGCCUCAACAGUUCUUCGGAUUGAUGGGCAAACGGGAUGCUGAUUCCUCAAUUGAAAAGCAAGUGGCCCUGUUAAAGGCCCUUUAUGGACAUGGACAGCUUUCUCACAAAAGGCAUAAAACAGAUUCCUUUGUUGGACUAAUGGGCAAAAGAGCUUUAAAUUCUGUGGCUUAUGAAAGGAGUGUGAUGCAGGAUUAUGAAAGAAGACGUAAAUAG